AUGUCUGAGCUGGUCUCCCUGCUGUCAGACCUCAACCCGUUCUCAUCCAAGUCCCGCGCCGAGCGCGAGGUUGACGAUGAGGACAAGGGCGAGGAGAUUGACGACCACACGGUCGCCGGCGGCGGCCACGGCGGCCGGUCGUCCGAGAUCACAAAGACGCAGCUGCGCAUCAGCCACGCGCUGCGCUGUCUCAUCGCCGCCAAGGGCAUCCUCCCCGAGGCCGAGGCGGGCCUGGCGAACCAGACCAUGACUCCCGGCCUGCGCCAGCUCCUGGACAGGCCGCACAUCCACGUGCCGCCGGAGCUGACGGACCGCUCGCACCCCUUGCCAGAGUACUUUGUCAGCUCCAGCCACAACACGUACCUGGUCGCGCACCAGCUGUACGGGACCUCGUGCGCCACUGCCUACCGGACGGCGCUGCGGACGGGCUCGCGCUGCGUGGAGAUCGACGCCUGGGACAACGGCGACGACCGCAGCGAGCCAAAGGUCACGCACGGCUACACGCUCGUGUCCAACAUCCCCUUCCGCCUCGUGUGCGAGACCAUCAGGGACGUGGUGGACGAGGAGGCCGCGCAGGCCCAGAAGCUCCCCGCGGGCGCCGACGCCGCCGAGCGGGACGACGAGAGCUACCGGCCCGCGCCCAUCCUGCUCUCGCUCGAGAACCACUGCGACGCGGCGGGCCAGCUGCGGCUCGUCGAAAUCAUGCGCGAGGUGUUUGGCUACCGGCUGCUCGACAAGCCGGUCCGGGACAAGGGCCACGCGGAGCAGCAAGGCAGUGGAGACCACGUCAGGCUGGACGAGCUCGGGUCCAAGAUUGCCGUCAUUGUGGAGUACCACCUGUCGGAGGAGGCGGAGCUGUCGGACUCGGACGACGACGACGACGACCCCUCCCCGUGCGACGAGGCCGAGCGCAAGGACCGCGAGCAGUACAAGGCCGAAGCCAAGGCGACGCGCGACACCAUCAUCAUCCCCGAGCUCGCGGAGCUGGGCGUCUACGCGCAGAGCGUCAAGCCGGCCAACGACGCCUGGUUCGAGGACCCGGAGCAGGCGCGCGACCAGACGCAGCCCCUCGCGCUCCCGCACCACCACCUCAUCAACAUCUCGGAAUCCGGGCUCUCGCGCCACCUCCCCGACGCGGCCGGCAAGAUCGCGGCGCACAACGCCCGGCACCUGAUGCGCGUCUACCCCAAGGGCACGCGCAUCUCGUCGCGCAACAUGAAGGUGAUACCGUUCUGGGCGGUGGGCGCGCAGAUCUGCGCCAUGAACUGGCAGACCUUUGGCGCCAACAUGCAGAUGAACGAGGCCCUGUUCGCCGGCACCGACGGCUACGUGCUCAAGCCCGCGGCGCUGCGGAGCGGGAGUGGUGGUGGUGGUGGUGGCGGCGGCAUCACGAAGCCGCGCUGCCGCCGCCGCCGCCUGAGGCUGCACGUCGCGGGCGCCUCGGACAUCCCGCUGCCCGCCGGCCGGGAGCCCGACGAGAUCAAGCCGUACCUGACGUGCACGCUGGCGUACGGCGGCGCCACGGGCAUCCGGGAGGUCAAGCGCAAGACGGCGCCCUACAAGCAGCACAAGAUCGGCUUCCUGCACCGCGGCGAGAACCCGCCGCCCACGGACCCCGUGUGGGACGAGGAGCUGGUGUGGGACGAGUUUGACGACGACGAGCUGGUGUUUUUGCGCCUCUACAUCAAGAGCGACGAUUCCUUUGCCCGGAACCCCAUCCUCGCUGUCGCGCCCAUCCGGUUGCUGUAUGCCGUCGACGGGUGGACCUUUAUCAGGAUGCUGGACCUCAAGGGCCGUGAGACACGGUGUGCCUUGUUGGUCAAGUUUGAGAUUGAGGAUUUGUAA